CCCCCGUCCUUUCUCCCCCGCCUCUUUGUAACAUCCUAUCUACCUCCACGCGUACACUGACAUGUCUGGUAAACGUAACGACGACAAGAAGAGUGUGGUCGUGGUCGGUGGCGGCGGCGCCGGCUCCUACAUCGCGCGUACUUUGUCUUCCAAACUCGACGCAUCCAAGUAUACCCUCACUCUCGUCACUGCUCGUCCCUUCGCCGUUCACUAUCCAGCUGCCAUCCGCUUGACCACCACCAGCGAGGGCAAACUCGAGGAUACCGUCCUCAUCCCCUACGACAAACUUCUCCUAAACGGUAACGGCACCAUCAAGAUUGAUCGUGUUGUGAAAAUUGAGGACCACAAGGAUGGCGGCGACCUCGUCCUCGCGUCUGGCGAGUCUUUGCAUUACGACGUCCUCAUUCUUGCUCCCGGCUCCCAUUGGGAGGGUCCUCUUGCUCUCCCCGAUGGGAAGGACGAGAUCCUCGAGCACAUCAAGCAAUGGCGUAAUAAGUUUGAGUCUGCUAAGGGUGUCGUCUUGGUGGGUGGGGGAGCUGUCGGCAUCGAGUACGCUGGAGAAAUCAGAGACUACUGGCCGAAGAAGCCCGUUACCAUCGUCCAGGCUAGCUCUCAGCUUCUCAAUGCGACGUACCCAGACAAGUUCCGCAAGCGGGUGGAGAAGGACAUCACAGUCCGAGGCGUCAAAGUCGUCUACAACGAUUUUGUUGACAACUUCGAACCCGAAGGUCCUAUCACCACCCGCGGUGGCAAGACUCUCGAGGGCGAUCUAGUCGUCAUCGCACGUGGUAACCGCCCAGCCACCGAGUUCGUGAGCUCGCUCGGCUCCGGUGUCCUGAACGAGCGUGGCCAGAUCAAGGUCCAGCCGACGCUUCAGCUUCAGUCACAUCCGAACAUCUUCGCCGCGGGAGAUGCCAUUGACUGGGAUGAGCAGAAACAGGUGGCGAAAUACCCGGCCCAUGGAGAUGUUAUCAUAAAAAAUGUCUUGGCCGUCCUCGAAAAGAGAACUUCGACUGCACAAUACAAGGGCGGCCCGGAGUUGAUCAUCGUCACGAACGGCAAGAACGCCGGCGUGGCCUACUUGGGCUUCCUGUGGGGCAUUGUGCUUGGAAACUGGUUUGCGAAGAUGCUCAAAUCGAAGACCUUGAUGGUCGAUAUGGUCAGGAAGUCAUACGGUUACGCGUGAGCUCCUUUGACUCCGACUGUUUCGUAAUUCUGUGUUAUUUCUGUGUCAUACGACGCUUGCAAGAGGCUUUGAUGUCUUUUUUCAGCAUCUUUUGGUUUGAUGUCCAAGUAUCUUAUUUAGCGCUGCUGAUGGUCAGAAGCCUACUAGUACAUUCAUAUUUUUUUUUGAGUUCAAUGCCUAUUCGAUAUACCCAUC